AUGCCUUCUCCAAAAGCUUCCAAUUCGCAGUACAGUCCCACUGUUACAGAAAAUCUCGGCGACAUUACCAUUUUCUUGGCAGCCGGUGUGCCUCUCAUGUUCAAAGAUCUCUGGGACCAGGAACAGGGAAUAGCUGUGGUGGCACUUUUGAGGCACUUUGGAUGUCCAUGCUGCUGGGAAUUGGCUUCAACUUUGAAAGAAUCCAAAUCAAGGUUCGAUUCGGCUGGUGUGAAGUUAAUUGCAGUGGGUGUCGGUGCCCCCAAUAAAGCCCGCCUCCUUGCCCAACGAUUACCAUUUCCAAUGGAUUGCCUUUAUGCAGAUCCUGACCGUAAGGCUUAUGAUUUUCUAGACCUCUACUACGGGUUUGGCCGUACUUUCUUCAAUCCAGCCAGUGCAAAGGUGCUGUUGAGAUUUGAUGCUUUGCGAAAAGUGACCAAAAACUAUACAAUAGAAGCCACUCCAGAUGAUAGAAGUGGUGUUUUGCAACAGGGAGGGAUGUUUGUGUUUAGAGGGAAAGAGCUGUUAUAUGCAAGGAAAGACGAAGGAACAGGUGAUCAUGCCCCUUUAGAUGAUGUUUUUGAUGUUUGCUGCAAAGUGCCUGUUGCUUAA